UCUAGGGUUGUUUUUUAUAUUUUUUUAUUUAGAACCUUACUGUUUUCUAGUUUUUGGUUGUUGUUGUUGUUUUCUUUUUACAUAUUUUGCACCCCUCUGUCUGUUUUCCAUUUUUUUAAUAUCUUAGUCUUAGUCUAUAUCUAAAAAUAUCUUAGUUUUCUAGGUUUUUAAAAAUAAAUAAAUAAAUAGUUUGCACCUUACUGUUAUCAAUUUUUUUUAUAUAUAUCUUGCUCCUCAGUGUUAUCUAUUUUUUAUUUUAAAUGUUAUGCACUUCACUGUUAUUUAGGUGUUUUUUUUUUUAAUAUUUUGCAUUUACUGUUAUCUAGUUUUUAAAAAAUAUUUUGCACUUCAGUGUUAUUUAGGUUUUUUUUUUAUAUUUUGCACUUCACUGUUAUGUGUUUUUAAAAUAUGUUUUGCACCUUAGUGUUAUCUAUUUUUUUAUAUUUUGCACCUCGCUGUCAUCUAGUUUUUAAAUAUAUUUUUCACCUUACUGAUACCUUGUUUGCACCUUACUGUUAUCUAGUUCUUUUAAAUAUUUUUUUUAUUUUAUUAUUAUUUUACACUUUACUGUUAUCUAUUUUUUCAUAUUUUGCACCUGUUACCUUUUUUUUCAAAAAAUGUUUUGCACUUAACUAUUAUCUAUAUUUCAAUAUUUUUGCACCGUGCUAUUCUCUAGUUUUUGCAAAUACAAAUACAAUUAUUGUAAUAUUAUUUAUAGUUUAUAUUAUUUAUGUUUCUCAUAAAUUUGUGGUAUCAUUCGGACUUUGUUUGUUUGUUUAUUUGUUUGUUUGUUUUUCCACCACUGCUUUUGAGUUCCGCAGAAGAGUGUUUUCUCUGACUUCAUCUAAAGGACUCUUUAGGGAGCUGAAACAGAAACACUCCACCUGGAGGAAGUAGCCUGACAGCAGCAUCACGGUUCCUCCCGGUGUCCCUGAACGCCUCAUGGUGAGUCCAGGGUAUUUAACAUUCUACCCUGGACAGCGGCAGGUUGUUGCGCAAGCGCAGCCCAUUCAGUCUGCAUGAAUACGGAGCGAGGAGAGGACAGGAGCACUGGGAGUACUGGGACUGGGAGGACACAGUGGACUGGACGGACCGGACCGGACCCGGGCAGGCGGACAUGGAUGGACAGAACGGCAGCAGCAGCAUCUGCUCCCGGCCGCACGGCACCGUGACGGACGGCAAGAAGAAGAAGGAGAAGAAGAAGAAAAUCCCCGACAGAGUGACUCUGAAGAAGGAGAUCGGGCUGCUGAGCGCCUGCACCAUCAUCAUAGGGAACAUCAUCGGCUCCGGGAUCUUCAUCUCUCCAAAGGGAGUCCUGGAGCACUCGGGCUCAGUGGGUCUGGCGUUGGUGGUUUGGGUACUGGGAGGCUGCAUCGCUGCCUUGGGCUCCCUCUGCUACGCUGAACUGGGCGUCACCAUCCCCAAAUCUGGAGGAGACUACUCCUAUGUCACGGAGAUAUUCGGUGGUCUGAUGGGGUUUCUGCUGUUGUGGAGCGCCGUCCUCAUCAUGUAUCCGACCACGCUGGCCGUCAUCGCCCUCACGUUCUCCAGCUACGUCCUGCAGCCCGUCUUCCCAAAUUGUGUUCCUCCAUACAUGGCAACACGGAUGCUGUCCGCCACAUGUCUCUUGCUGCUGACCUGGGUGAACUGCUCCAGUGUUCGUAUGGCCACCAGGAUCCAGGACGUCUUCACGGUGGGGAAGCUGAUGGCUCUGGGCCUCAUUAUCGUGGUCGGCCUGGUCCAGAUCUGCAAUGGGAACUACGAGGCGCUGACUCCUCAGGUGGCCUUCUCCCUCGACAGGACGCCGUCGGUGGGUCAGAUCGCUCUGGCCUUCCUGCAGGCCUCCUUCGCCUUCAGCGGAUGGAACUUCCUCAACUACGUCACGGAGGAAGUGGUUGAACCCAGACGGAAUCUACCUCGUGCCAUCUACAUCUCCAUACCAUUGGUGACCUUUGUGUACACGCUCACCAACAUCGCCUACUUCUCCUCCAUGUCGCCCGAGGAGCUGCUGUCAUCCAAUGCUGUGGCUGUAACAUUCGGAGAGAAGCUGCUGGGAAUGUUCUCCGUCAUCAUGCCGAUCUCCGUGGCUCUGUCCACCUUCGGGGGAAUCAACGGCUACCUGUUCACCUCCUCCAGGUUGUGUUUCUCCGGAGCCAGAGAGGGUCACCUGCCCAGCCUGCUGGCCAUGAUCCAUUAUAAGAACUGCACACCCAUCCCUGCCCUGCUGGUCUGCUGUGCCGCCACCAUUGUCAUCCUCUGCAUCGGAGAGACACACAACCUGAUCAACUACGUCUCCUUCAUCAACUAUCUGUCGUACGGCGUCACCAUCGCAGGCCUGCUGUACUACCGCUGGAAGAAACCCAACCUGUACCGACCCAUCAAGGUGAACCUGCUGGUUCCUGUGUGCUACCUGAUGUUCUGGGCGCUUCUGCUGGGUUUCAGUCUUUACUCAGAGCCGGUGGUUUGCGGCGUGGGUUUAGUCAUCAUGCUCACCGGGGUACCUGUCUACUUCCUGGGCGUCCACUGGAAAGAAAAACCAAAGUGCAUCUACAACUUCAUCGAGAGGGCGACGUACGUGGGCCAGAGGUUGUGUUUCGUGGUCUUUCCUCAGAUCGACCCCAUCGAGACCGCCAACCCUUCAGAAUGGACUGACCGCUCAUCAGGCAGGAGCAGUUUGUCUGCCAAUUCUUAAAACUUUUUUGUCCCUGAAUAUAUGAAGAUCUUUUGUUUUUGCCUCUUUGUUUUUAUUCCGUCACUGUGUAAGUCCGGACACUUCUUCCAGGUUUGGGAGCUUCCCGUCUGACCUUUGACCCUCUGAGACUCUGGUUUCCCUGCAGUCGAGUGGAAACGCCCGCUCUUCUGCGCGGGCUUCUUGCACUUUUUAUUUUCCUCUCUUUUCUACUAAGUCGUCAAGUUACAACAACCUAAUGCCAACAGUGUCACGCUGUUGAAAAUGACUUUUAUUCCCGUUUUGGACCCAUUUGUUCCUUUUUUUUCUGUAACAUGACAGAACUCUGAGCGACUGGCGGCUCUUUCUUCUGAAUGUUGCUGCUGUUAUAUCGUGCCUUAAGGCCUUUUCACACCAAGUCCCAAACAAAUCAUCAGUAUUCUGAAAACAGUAAAACAAAAUUAUCUCAGAGAAGAUCUGAAACUGAGUGAAACCUCAAACUACAACACGACAGCCUUCAUGUAUUGUUAUUCUUUUCAACUGCUGCAUAACUGUUUUUAGUGUCACAGUUCCCCCUGAUGUACAUAUAUCUGUGAUUACACUGGUCUCAUAUCCUGUUCUACUGGAAGAAGAGGUUGAGAGAAUAUUUUAGGCACUUAAUCAGUAGAGAUAAUUCAUGAUAACAUCGUCCUUAAAGGUAGCCGAAGAGAAAACCAGAACUUCGGGUCGCAGAGUGUCGUUCCUGUGGACUACAGUAACACUAAACCCCUGAGCUUGCCUGAGAAGGACUAAAUGCACAAACCCGCUAUUUUUAAAUAUUCCACAGAGAGGGACUCUCACUGCAGCCUGUUCUAUUUUGUUCUAAAAAUGUGGUUCCUGGUUCCUUUGUUUCAAAGUUAAUAGGUUUUUUGAAUGAGUUUUUGGUUAGAUGCCUGAAUUAAGGUCUGUGUUUAACACAAGCUGGAGAGACUUUCAAGUUUUGUUCCACGACAUCAGUAAAUACCCCACAAUGUUGAAGCUUCUAUGUAAGUUAAAAAAGGAAGUUGCUAACAAGUGGUUAAAUGAGACUACAGAUCAUCGUCAUGUCGACCAUGGCUUUACAGCCUUAUUGUGGUGGGUCCGUUAAGUCAUGUGACUGUGGCGUAGUUUGUUUAUAGCCUAAUGCUAGCUUUUCACCUCCUGCAAUUGCAUUUAGGCUUUGAAAAUCAUAAAAGUGGCCUCAAUUUGUCUUGCUGGACAAAAUGUGCCAGUAUCAUAAACUUCUGUUUACCACAGAGCUUAUUUGCUGUCCGUGUGUCCCAUUCAUGUCAUGAGAUAUUUUAAGAACACCUGAGGGCAUUUCUACAGCUUUGGCACAAACGUCCACUUGGAUUCAACGAUGAACAGAUGACAUUUUAGUGUCACAGGUUAAAGAUCAAGGUCACUGUGACCUAGUUUGUGUCACUCUUGUGAAAGCAAUAUCUCAAAAACACCUGUAGGGAUUUUUUUUUUUAAUUUGGCACAAAUGUCCACUUGAACUCAAGGAUGAAGUAAUUACAUUUUCAUGGUCAAAAGUCAAAGGUCACUGUGACCUUGCGUUUGUCUCAUUCUCAUGAACGAGAUAUCUCAAGAAGGCCUUGCAAGAAUUUUCUCAAAUUUAACACAAACGUCCACUUGGACUCAACAAUUAACUGAGUUUGGUGGUCGAAGGUCAAAGAUCAAGGUCACUGUUACCCAGUUUGCGUCAUUCUUGUGAAUGCAGUAUCUCAAAAACACAUUGAGGGAGGUUUUUUUUUCUUUCUUUUUUUUUACUUUGGCACAAACGUCCCAUUGAACUCAAGGAUGAACUGGUUAAAAUUUGGUGGUCACUGGUCAAGGUCUGUGUGACCCCAUUUGUCACAUUCUCGUGAAUGAGCAAUCACAAGAACACCUUCAGGGAAUUUCUUUGAAUUUGGCACAAACGUCCACUUGAACUCAAGGACAAACUGAUUAGAACUUGGUGGCUGAUAGAAUACAAUAAUAAAGGGAUGACAUUUUAUAUCCAAAAGGUCAAAGGUCAGCUACACUGUGAUGUCAUAAUGUUCCUCAAAGCACUUUUAUGACCAUUAGUCAACGUCAUAUCUCAGGAACAGAAGGGGAGACAUUUGGUCAGAUACUGAAUUGGUGACACUAAUCUCGGGGGUCCACCUUGAAAUUGUACGUCUGUGCCGCCGGGAUGAAGAUGUGUGUGAAGCAUCCAUGUGUCUUUGUGGAAACAUCCAUGUUUGAAACACUGCCAACUGUCCUGGCUUCAUUUGAGUCAGAUGUAAACUGAACUUAGCUGGAGUCAUUCAACCACGAGGCAGUAACUGUAGUUUUUAAAAAAUGUAUUUUCAUGGAAAUGUCAGACUUGGUGUGAAAAGACCUUUAAUGGAAAAAAUGUAUAUUCAGAUGUUUAUUAACUGAUUCACUAUAUUAGAUUUUAAUAUAUUUUGUGAGUGCCUUUUGCUUUGUGUAUUGAAUUUGUUUAUUUGAGAAGCACUUUGGUCUUCCACCGUCUGUCUCUUUGUCAUUCAGUCUGAACUCCUCUCAUUUGUAAAACUGGAUGGCGCUGGAUUCAUUUUGCACAAAGCACCAUCACAUCCCUGAGACCAAGGGCAAGCUCGAGUUUAUUAAUCUAUCGUUAACAUAGUAGUUGUGUUCACUUUACCCGCUGCUGCGCUCACAUCAGUCCACAUGAUUUACUGCUGCAAUGCUCACAAAUCUCUGCAGCAAAGUCAGAUUUUAAAAUGUUGUGGCAGCUUCCGUUAUGUUUAUUGAGUCAUGAUAAUGAAACAUGUGACUGAAACAGUAUUGGCCCUUUUUACAAAUAUAAUUCAUCCUGUUCCACCUCUUCUUGGUAGGGAAUUAAUCACUGUGCUCAGGUUGGCUCUGUAAACAGCACAAAGCCAACUUUCAGUAACUCCUGACUCUGUGUGCUCACUUAUUAUGUGAUGAUUUAAUACGACACAUAACAAUGUGAAGUGAUAUAUCUUUCUGUUUUUUGUUGUCAGACAAAAAAACAGUGAUUUAUCCUAAAUUUAGCCAGUUAGCAUU